AGAGGAGCAUUUAAGAAGUCCAGAUCGUCCACCGCCCUUACCUACAGGUUAAGAAACCGCUAGAUUACUUGGUCUUUCUCACACUCAGCACUACCACGAAGCUCAGCUCCUUCAAGAUGCAACUCUCUAACCUCGUCAUUGUUGCCGUUCAGGCUGCUGCGGUUUUGGCUGCUCCUGUCCCCGAUUAUGCCGAGCUAGCCAAAGACACACUUAUCAUCAAAUCAUCCAACUCGUACAAACGCGACGGAGAUAAGCGGGACUACGCUGAGUUGGCCAAGGACAAUCUCAUCAUUAAAUCAUCCAACUCGUACAAACGCGACGAAGAUAAGCGGGACUACGCUGAGUUGGCCAAGGACAAUCUCAUCAUUAAAUCAUCCAACUCGUACAAACGCGACGAAGAUAAGCGGGACUACGCUGAGUUGGCCAAGGACAAUCUCAUCAUCAAGUCUUCCAACUCCUACUAG